AGAAGAGGUUGGAGGUGCCCUGAAAAGUUCAGCUUCCUGAACUGCGGUGGGCUUGGCAAGCGAUCUCCGAUAAAGAGGGCUCUGGCCUCGGAGGUCGUGGAUUCACCUCUCUGGACUUGAGUGUGGCAGUCGCGAUGUUUUUAUCCCAGGCUGGGGCCCAGCCGCGGAUGUGGGAAGCCAGCCCUUCGGAACACAAGAAAUGGGUGGAAGUAUUUAAAGCAUGCGAUGAAGAUAACAAAGGCUAUCUAAGCAGAGAGGACUUUAAAGUUGCUAUUGUAAUGCUGUUUGGUUACAAGCCCUCCAAGAUAGAAGCUGAUUCUGUGAUGUCAUCAGUAGAGCCAAACACUUCCGGGAUAGUACUUAAGGAGUUUUUAAGCAUCGUAAGGAAAAAGAAGGAAGCUCAAGUAUAUUGGAAUGAAAUAAGACACAUCUUCACAGCUUUUGACAGGCACUAUCGUGGCUAUUUAACUCUGGAAGACUUCAAAAAAGCAUUUAGGCAAGUGGCACCCAAGUUACCCGAAAGGAUUAUUCUCGAGGUCUUUAGACUAAUCCCAACAAAAUGGGCAAGUGUCUUAAAAACUGCAGACUGGAGGAAUGUGAAUUGUGCAAGCACAAGCUACCAGGAGAAAGUGAAAGAGCUGUCUCUUCUUUGACUGCUAACUGUGAACUCCUCAGCCACUGUUACCAGGUGUAUUAAUUAGGGUUCAGUACAGCAGUGAGAGCCAGAAACCCCCAAACAACAAAGCUCAAAAAAAGGAAACAAUGUCCUCUUUCACAUAAACAUAAGGAGUCCAGGGCUGAUUCAAUGGCAACACAGAUGUGAAGGACCUGGAUUUCUCGCCUUCUUGUUGUUCUGGCUGACUCAGCACCUGGCUUUUCCCCCUUGCUUCAAGAUGGCUGCUGAGGUUCUGGCCAUCACACCUGAAUUCUAGCUAGGUAGGGGCAGAAAGGAAGCAGAAGAUAUAGCCCUCUUUUUAAGUCUACCCAUUAUUUCUUCUUACAUCUCAGUGAUGAAAGCUUAGUUCCAAGGCCAUGAGUAGCUGCAAAGCGGGGAGGUAGGUCUGGAAAAUGUCGUCCGUGCUCUGGGCAGACAUGUGCACUCAACUGGAGUUUCUGAUACUGAGGAAGAAGGAGAGAACAGAUACUGGGGGACAUCUAGCAAGUGUUCCCAUUUGGAUAAAUAUAAUUUCAUGAAAUCUGACCAGAAGCCAGCCCUGCUCAGUAGAAAUUAUCAAGCGGGGUAUUUGAAAUCAGGAUCUGCACUGGCUGUCACUAACAGAGACAUAUAUGAAAUUCUUUUGCUGUGUCAGUUGUAAGCAGGUUCUCGAGCAAGUCAUUGAAGAGAAAAGGAGCUCAAGCCAGAGGCCAGACACAGUGCCCCAGGACAGUGCUACUUAAUUGAUUCCAGAACAGCAAGUCCUUUAAAAUAUAGUAGCAUCUUUGUGUACACUUUGUGAUGAGAUGAGUAAUGAAAGUCAAUGUAUUUCCACCGCAUGGCAGUGCUUUUUGACAAAAGAACAAAGAAUUAUUUCAUUUUCCUUUUACAAAAAGACAAGUGUCCAAAUUUGCUGACCUUUAUGUGUUAAAUGGUUUUAGGAGAUGUCCCCUUAUACUGCAGGUGUCAUUUUGAAAAAUACACUUAAAUAUAGCCCUUCAAGGUAGAAGUGGUGUUUUAACAAUGAAUGAAAAAGUCACCGCUUCUCAAAAGGAACCUUUGCUAUAGGGAGAGCAUUUUUGAAAAUGGAUGUUUGGAAAUAUGACUCUAUUUUAGAAAGUGAUGUGUGUCACCUAUUAAGACCCUUUAUAUCUGCAUGUCCCAUAAGUUAAAAGUGGAAUGUCUUAAGCUAGUGGAAAAACCAUUGUACAAAGUUUCAGUGGUUUCAGGGCAGAAUUUUUAAAAGUACAAAAAUGUAAUCACUUCAAUAAGUUUUCAAGAGCAACUAAUUGAUAGCAAGAGAGACAGAUAUUUAUUAGCUGAAUUUCAAUUAGCCAUACCAACAAAAUAAUUAAAAAAAAAACCCUUAAGUCUUUUCAUUAUUAGAAGAUGGAAUUUGAAAUCGAAGAGCUCUUUUGGUAUCUCUGACAGCCCUUAAGACGAAGUAUUAAAACAAACUGAACUUGAAAUUGCUCAGUCACAAAGGAUUAAACCAAGACAUUCAGAAAUAAUAAAAUAUGUGAAAUCACAUCGUCCUUGUUAAAUAUUAUUAACAAUAUCUGGUGAUGGCCGAAAGCCAUUUGCCAUUAAUAAGUAAAAUAUUUUUAUCUUUAGUUCUUAAGAAAUUUCUAUAUUAUAUUUUAUAAUGAACAUAACAUGUUCAUGUUGUAGCACCCAUCCAUAAUCUACACAUAAAUGUAUUCGAAUGGCCACAAAUCUUCCUAGGACUGUGAUCAAAAGAGUUUAUAGAGACCACUGCCGUCUACAGCCAAACAAGGCAUUUGAGUUAAUUGCACAUGACCUGCCUCAAGUCUCACUUGUAUUAUUAUUUAUAGCCCCACACUCCCUAACCCAGAAUAACUGAUGCAUGAGAAGAAUCAAAUGGAGCUCUGACCCCAAAAGAGAGAGAAAUAUUUCCUCUGAGUGUAAAUCGAAGUAGGCCAGAGAAACAGAGAUGUCCGCCUUCCACAGGUCUCUGUUUCAGUGGUGCACUUACUUUUCAAAAACAAGGAAAAGAAAAGCAGCUGCUGAGGCUGUCAGUGAUGCAAAUUACGUAGCGUCUCUAAGAUUAGACACUCAGCAUGGGAGGCACUUGGAUAGCUUGGCCUUAGUCAACCAGUGCAAAUGGAGUCCAUUCCCAGGCCCAGUUACCAAGAAGAAAGCUGAUAUUCCAGGACCCCUCAAAAGGCAGCCAGAGAGGGAGACUCCAAUGAGACCAGCAUCUGUGGUGUGAAGGGGGAAAGACGUUUUCAUAAUCUUCGAUUCUUCGAUUCUCCCCAAAGAAACCUCUGAAGACCAAGGGUAGUCUCUGUCGGAAGGACUUGCCCAUGUCACACCUUCACUUUACAGCCAACCAACCACAACAAUAAAAGCAACCAAAACAAACUGUCCAAAAAGACAGACUUGGGGCAUAGGGCAUCGAAGAGUUAUUUCAUUUUAUAACCUGAUGGAAACCGUGGUAUAUCAUUCAUUAAAUCUGAGGGCUUUGUAAGAACUAAAUGAGACAUGUUCAUAAAGUUUGUGAAUUGCUGCCUAACUAGUCUGGUGGUGGUUACUCUAGCAAUUUUAUCAUGAAUAAAAUAAACAUGGUUUAAAAAAUAAUAAAUAAUAUAUAUAUCAUAUUAUAAAUAUAUAUGUAGAGAGUCAGGAUUCAUAACAUUCACAUUGUGUUUCGCAAUCACAGUCUCUUUUGUUUUAAUCUUAGUUCUAUAGUUAGAUAGAUUCAAAGCUCAGGUCCCGUCUUUGUGCUGUAGUUUGCGCUUAGCUAAAGUCUAUCCUCUAGGUAGGGAUCAUAAGAACUAUAUUCCCUGGGGUCUUCCGUGUUCAACAGUGUUCAUCUGGGUGACUGUCCUUGAAUAAAGAUACAUAAUGAAUUGAAUAU